AUGUGGCAGAUGGUCCUGGAUGAACAUCUUGAUGAUGGCAACAAAGAUAGAAACAGAAUUGGUGCGAUCAUGCAACCCAACUUGACACCAGUUCAAAUGGCAAAGGGCUCCGUAGCAGAGACACUGCAUAGGAUGGAGGCAGUCAUCUGGUCAUCAAGGAGUCUUAGGAAGGAUGAAGAUGGGGUGGACGAGGACAGCAGUAGAGUUGAGCCAGUUGGACAUGCAGAUACUGGUUUGGAAAAUGCAACAAAUUUUUCCCUGGAUGAUAUGGUAAAGCUCGUAGAAGUCUCCAACGACGGUGGGCCUCUGGGAAUCCAUGUAGUGCCUUUCAGUGCCCGAGGCGGAAGAACCCUGGGGUUAUUAGUAAAACGACUGGAGAAAGGUGGAAAAGCUGAACAAGAAAACCUUUUUCAUGAGAAUGAUUGUAUUGUCAGGAUUAAUGAUGGAGACCUUCGCAAUAGGAGAUUUGAACAAGCACAACAUAUGUUUCGUCAAGCCAUGCGUGCACCCAUCAUGUGGUUCCAUGUGGUUCCUGCAGCAAAUAAAGAGCAGUAUGAACAGUUAUCCCAAAGUGAGAAGAACACUUACUACUCCAGCCGGUUUAGCCCUGAUUCCCAGUAUGCUGACAACAAAAGUAUUAACAAUGCUGGACUUCACACUUUACAAAGAAUAUCUAGAGCGGGUAACCAGUCGGACCAGACAGACUCUUACUCGCAGCUACCUCACAGUGUGAAUUCAUCAGGAAAACCACCAUCAGGCCUGGCUCCAUCCCCUCAAAAAGUUCUUACCUCCAUUGCAAACAGUGGAUAUAACACAAAAAGGAUAGGAAAGAGAAUUAAUAUACAGCUGAGAAAAGGUACAGAAGGCUUAGGGUUCAGUAUCACUUCAAGAGAUGUACCAAUUGGUGGCUCAGCUCCAAUUUAUGUGAAGAACAUCCUUCCCAGAGGUGCAGCCAUUCAAGAUGGGAGACUAAAGGCUGGAGACCGACUGAUUGAGGUAAAUGGGGUUGACUUAACAGGCAAAACCCAAGAGGAAGUUGUCUCCCUGCUGAGAAGCACCAAGAUGGGAGGGACUGUGAGCCUUUUGAUUUUUCGUCAGGAAGAAGCAUUCCAUCCAAGGGAACUGAAUGCAGAGCAAAGCCAGUCACAUAUUCCAAAGGAAACGAAAGCAGAAGAAGAAGAUCUUGUUCUUACACCUGAUGGCACCAGGGAAUUCUUAACAUUUGAAGUUCCACUUAAUGAUUCUGGUUCAGCUGGACUUGGUGUCAGUGUCAAAGGUAACCGGUCAAAAGAAAACCAUGCAGACCUAGGAAUCUUUGUGAAGUCUAUCAUUAAUGGAGGAGCAGCUUCUAAGGAUGGCAGGCUGCGAGUGAACGAUCAGUUAAUAGCAGUAAAUGGAGAAUCCUUAUUGGGCAAGACAAACCAGGAUGCUAUGGAAACCCUAAGAAGGUCCAUGUCUACAGAAGGAAACAAACGAGGAAUGAUUCAGCUUAUUGUGGCUAGACGAAUAAGUAAAAGCAAUGAGUUGGAGUCACCUGGGAGCCCCCCAGGGCCAGAGCUGCCUGUAGAGACUAUACUGGAUGACAGGGAACGCAGGAUUUCCCAUUCGCUCUACAGUGGGAUCGAGGGGCUCAGUGAAUCACCCACAAGGAAUGCUGCACUAAGUAGGAUAAUGGGUAAAUACCAGCUGUCUCCAACGGUGAAUAUGCCCCAAGAUGACAUGGUUAUUAUUGAAGAUGAUAGAUUGCCAGUACUUCCACCACAUCUUUCUGACCAGUCGUCAUCUAGUUCUCAUGAUGAUGUGGGUUUUGGAACAGUGGAUGCUGGUGCAUGGACUAAAGGCACAAUUAAUGAGUCCACAGACUGCACUCUUAGCCCAGAUGUUGAUCCAGUGCUUGCCUUCCAGCGAGAGGGUUUUGGACGACAGAGCAUGUCAGAAAAGCGCACAAAGCAAUUUUCAGAUGCCAGUCAGUUGGAGUUCGUUAAAACACGAAAAUCCAAAAGCAUGGAUUUAGUAGCUGACGAGACUAAGCUCAGUACAAUGGAUGACCAGAAAACAGGUUCCCCAACCAGAGAUGUGGGACCUUCAUUAGGUCUGAAGAAAUCCAGUUCAUUAGAAAGUCUGCAGACAGCCGUUGCUGAGGUGACUUUGAAUGGUGACAUUCCUUUCCAUCGUCCGCGUCCACGGAUCAUCCGAGGACGAGGCUGCAAUGAGAGCUUCAGAGCUGCAAUUGACAAAUCAUAUGAUAAGCCUGUUGCAGAUGAUGAUGAUGAAGGCAUGGAAACCUUGGAGGAAGACACAGAGGAGAGUUCAAGAUCAGGUAGAGAAUCUGUGUCCACAGCAAGUGACCAGCCAUCUCACUCACUAGAGAGACAGAUGAAUGGAAGCCAAGAUAAGGGGGACAGGAGAAAAGCUGGGAAGGAUAAGAAGAAAGACCGAGAUAAAGAGAAGGAUAAAAUCAAGGCAAAGAAAGGAAUGUUGAAAGGCUUGGGAGAUAUGUUCAGGUUUGGCAAACAUCGCAAAGAUGACAAGAUUGAGAAAACUGGUAAAAUAAAAGUGCAGGAAGCCCUUACUUCAGAAGAGGAGAGAAUACGAAUGAAGCAAGAACAGGAGAGAAUUCAAGCUAAAACACGAGAAUUUCGAGAGAGACAAGCUCGUGAACGUGACUAUGCCGAGAUCCAAGAGUUUAACCGGACAUUUAGCUGUGAUGCUGAUCCAAUGUAUGCUGGAAUUGCUUCUUAUGACUCUUCUUCAAAUAGUGGUACAAUGACUUUGAAUAUCAGACCACAGAGCCCUAGGGAAGGACAGACUGUUGAAGCGUUGUACGCCCAAGUGAAAAAACCACGAAAUUCAAAAUCUUCACCUAUAGACAGGAUCAAGUUUACCCUGGUGUCCCACCUCUCAUGAUGUACACAGGGAAUUUGAUGACUGAUAACAUUUGGCUUGAAGAGCAACUGGGAAUAAGUUUUAUAUAUUGUAAAUUGCUACAUACAUGCCUAUUAAACAUAGC